AUGGCUUCUUCACUCCCCUGUUCCUCAUCCUCUUCCCCUUCACUCAAACGACGUAGUAUCGGGACUCUAUGUUCAAUGAACAGUACCAAAAUUCCCAUGCCUCCAGUUAACCCUAAGGACCCCUUUCUGUCGAAGCUCGCUUCUGUGGCUGCUACUUCACCUGAAGUGCUCCUCAAUAGUCAGAAAAACUCUGAUACGCCGCCGUAUUUGGACAUCUUUGACUCCCCUACGCUCAUGGCUACUCCUGCCCAAGUGGAGAGGUCGGUUUCGUACAAUGAACACAGGCCAAGGAGACCUCCACCAGACUUGCCCUCAUUGCUGCUACACGGGAGAAUAGUUUACAUUGGCAUGCCUUUGGUUCCCGCUGUUACAGAGCUCGUUAUAGCUGAGUUGAUGUAUCUCCAGUGGAUGGAUCCGAAAGAGCCAAUUUACCUUUACAUAAAUUCCACUGGAACUACUCGAGAUGAUGGUGAAACGGUUGGGAUGGAGACAGAAGGGUUUGCAAUUUAUGAUGCAAUGAUGCAGUUGAAGAAUGAGAUACAUACAGUUGCUGUUGGAGCUGCUAUAGGCCAGGCGUGUCUGUUACUUGCAUCAGGAAGCAAGGGCAAAAGGUUUAUGAUGCCGCAUGCAAAAGCAAUGAUUCAACAACCUCGAGUCCCGUCUUCUGGGUUGAUGCCAGCCAGUGAUGUUCUCAUACGUGCAAAGGAGGUGAUAAUAAACAGAGACAUUCUUGUUGAACUUCUGUCCAAGCACACCGGAAAUUCCUUGGAGACUGUAGCUGACGUGAUGAGGAGACCAUUUUAUAUGGAUUCAACAAGAGCUAAAGAUUUUGGAGUCAUUGAUAAGAUACUUUGGCGUGUUUAUUCUGGAAGGAUUGUGCGGUAUAUCAGCUAG